AUGUUCCUAAGGAUAUUGUGUUGUGCGUUUGCGUUAAAAGGGUAUUAUUGCGCCGAAAUCGUAACGUUAAACGGCGAUUGGUUAUUAAACGACGAUAAAAACAAUAUCACAAACGUUAAGGCGACGGUACCGGGCGGUAUUUACAGCGAUUUGAUGAGUAACGGCGUUAUAGGCGAUAUUUAUUACGGUUAUAACGACGAAAAUACCAAAUGGAUACCGAGAUUAAACUGGACCUACUCCAGAAGUUUCCAGAUCGCGAAGAGUUUGUUGCUACAAGAAAAUAUCAAUAUAGUCUUCGAUGGUUUGGAUACAUUCUCUUCUAUAUACCUCAACAAUCAACUUAUCGGGGAAUCAUCUAACAUGCACGUGCAAUACAUUUUUGAUGUAAAAAGCGUACUAAAACAAGGCGAAAAUCGAAUAGAAGUGAAAUUUCUUUCACCAAUCGAAACUGCAUCUAAACUAGCAACGAUACAAGAACAGAACUACCCGGUUCCCCCAUCUUGCCCGCCAUCAGCAUACCACGGAGAAUGCCACGUGAACAUGAUCAGAAAAAUGCAAGCCUCCUUCUCCUGGGAUUGGGGUCCCUCCUUCCCUUCAGUAGGAAUUUGGAAGGACGUUUACAUCGAAUCCUACAACGAAUCGCUCAUCAGGUACGUCGUUAACGACGUUACCGAGGCGAAAGACGACAAAUGGCGCGUUAAUUUGGAUGUAUACCUCGCCAACAAUCGCAGGAACGCAGUUAGAGGAAAGAUACAAUUAGACUUUAGCUUGCAAUUCGUCUAUAUUACAAACGAAGUGGACGUUAAUUGCGUAAUUAACGAGCAUAACGAGUUAGUCGUUACGACGUACGUGGAGAUUCCGAAGGCGUACGUUAACGUUUGGUGGCCCAACGGGUUCGGUUCCAGCGAUUUGUACACUCUAAAAGUUACUUACUACCAUCAGGAAUCCGAAAUUAGCGUUAAGACAAUCAGAAUCGGUUUUAGGACUAUCGAAUUAGUGCAAAAACCGCUAGGGUCUAAUCAAGGACUAACGUUUUACUUUAACGUAAAUAAGGUGCCCAUAUUCAUGAAGGGUUCAAACGAGAUACCCAUCGAUAUCUUACCGGAAUUCGGUCGGAAUAAAACCAGAAUAAAACAUUUAUUAUCAUCAGCUAGAGAUACUCACAUGAACAUGAUAAGAGUGUGGGGCGGCGGCGUGUACGAGUCGGAUUAUUUCUACGACCUGGCCGACGAGUUCGGCAUAAUAAUCUGGCAGGAUUUCAUGUUCGCCUGCGCCAUGUACCCAUCGAGCGAUUCCUUCCUGCAGAACGUCUUGGGCGAAGUGCGGCACCAGGUGAAGCGGCUCUACGGACACGCCAGCGUAGCGAUUUUCUCCGGUAACAACGAAAACGAAGGGGCUUUAGUGGGGAAUUGGUACGGCACUGCUUCGAACUACCAGCAGUACUACGAAGAUUACAUAAAAUUGUACGUAACGACUAUAAAAAGCGAGUUCGAUAGGUUAACCGGCGGUAGAGGGAUUUUCAUCACUUCGAGUCCCACCAACGGGAAGGAAUCCGAUUCCGAAGGAUACGUUGCGAAAAAACCUACAAGCACUUUAUACGGCGACGUUCAUUUCUACAAUUACAUCUUAAAUCCUUUCAACUCGAAUUUCUAUCCUAUUCCGCGAUUCGCUUCGGAAUACGGUUACCAAUCCCUGCCUAGCUUCCAUUCGUUUCUAACGGCGACCAACGACACAAACGAUUUGAACAUCAACAGCUCGUUUAUGAAUCACAGACAGCACCAUCCUUUGGGUAACAUCGAAAUGCAAUUAUUGAUGAAGUUGUAUUUCAAAUUUCCGAAUACCAGCGGCGACGAUUUCGCCGAAGGUGUGAUUUAUUACUCGCAAAUAGUGCAAGCGCUGGGCAUAAAGGUGGAGAGCGAGCAUUAUAGGAGGUGCAGGAGCAGUUUGAACGACAAAGGCGAGGGGUACACAAUGGGCGCUUUGUUUUGGCAAUUGAAUGAUGUCUGGAUGGCGCCUUCUUGGUCUGGGAUAGAUUAUUUGGGUAAAUGGAAAAUGCUGCAAUAUUACGCUAAAAAUUUCUUCGCUCCGAUUAUAGUUACCGGGCACGUAAAUGUGCAAAACGUUUUGGAUGUUUACCUGGUAUCAGACGUGUUAUCGCCCUUGGAUAAUUUAACUGUAUCUAUAUUAGUGUACAAUUGGACUAAUUUCAAACCAAUUAAUGUCGAAAAUGUGCUAGUAGAUACGCAAAUUGGUUCGUCAGCUGUCGUAAAAUCGAUCCAAAUCGAUGAUUAUUUAAAAGGAAUCGGCUGUUCCAAAACCGAUUGCUUCUUCUAUUUCACGGUGGAGAAAGAAGGCGCCAAAAUAGCUCCAGAUAAUUUCGCAUUUCCAACUGCCAUCAAGGAUUCCAGUUUAUCGCCAGCCAAAGUUGCAAUAAACUCAAUCAAACAAAUCUACGACAAAAUCUUCGAUAUCGAAUUAACCAGCGACAAAAUCGCGCUCUUCGUUUGGCUGGAAAAUCUACAAGUAGAAGGCAGGUUUUCCGACAACGGAUUCAUCAUCAACCAACCUACCCAACACGUUUAUUUCACUGCUCAUUGUAAUUACGCAUUAUGCCUGCUUUUAAUAGUCUUUUUAGAAGUAGCCAUCAGCGCAUCAGCCUACAUAUCGCGAGAUCACAUAGCGGCGAGACUUGAAGAAGACAUGUACACCAGCAUGUAUCACUUCAAUGACGAAACGAACUUCUUAUGGAGAGCUUCCCAAUCCAACUUGCACUGUUGCGGAGUCAGAGGACCCAACGACUGGGGCAAAUUCCAAAGCAUCUUCGGCAAUUUAUUGGAAAAUGCAACCUACAAUGACGUAUAUAAUGCAACGCCGAGGAAUUACAUUGUACCAUCCAGUUGCUGUCGCAAUGAAACUUGCAACACCGCAUAUUCCCUUUACAUACAAGGGUGCUUGCCGAGGAUCAACUUCAUCUUCUCGCAGAGCGCUCUUCUUCUAGGAGUCGGCGCCAUGUGCAUUACUUUCAUCCAGUUGUUGGGAGCUAUAUUCGCUCAUCUCCUUGCCCGCUCGAUCAGGAAACUGAAGACCCAAGUGGAGGUGGAGAGGAACAUCAGAAGGCAGCAAUUGUACGAGCAAUUGGCCCAAGCCAAGAAUGCUGAAACCAAAACCACUCCAGUUUUAUACGUACCCUCCACUUCCGAAGCAUAAUUGCCGCAUUAAUUACGAUUAGGAGAUAAGUACUUUUAGUUAUGUUGUAUAGAAAUUAAUCUGUAUAAUAAGAGUACAUUUUUGCGAAAUUAAAAUGUUGUGCUAUAAAGUAA